AUGGCUAUCCUUGCCAUCAACGGGACCGGCGCCAGCACUAACAUCCUGCCCGAGUCCCCUCAGCGCCGUGCCCAGAGAAAAGAUAGAAACGACUUCACCUUCAGGGGACUGCUUGCAGGUCUUUUGAUCGGAGUGCUAAUAUGUUUCUGCAACACGUAUUUCGGCCUCCAGACGGGCUGGGGAAGUGGCAUGUCUAUGCCUUCUUCCUUGAUAGGAUUUGCCCUCUUCAAAUCCAUUUCUAAAUAUCUUAAGGCGCCUUUCCAGCCGGUCGAGAAUGUUCUCGUGCAGACUGUUGCGGGCGCUGUGGGUACAAUGUCAUUGGGAUGUGGUUUUGUGGGAUUCAUACCGGCGAUGGAGUUCCUGUUGAAGCCAGCCGAAGGUGCUCCGAUAGGGCUGGGAGUCGGGCGGCUAAUUGUAUGGAGCUUGGGGAUAUGUUUCUUUGGAUCUGUGUUCACUGUCAUUCUGAGAAAACAAGUGAUUAUAAGAGAGAAGUUGAGGUUUCCGAGUGGUACUGCUACUGCCCUCUUGAUUAAAGUCUUGCACGGAAAGGUCAAUGAGCCGAAACGGCAUGAACAUAGCAUGGUACCGGAUGAAGAUGAGACUCAUGGUCUGCUGCGAAAUGACGAACUUGGGCGACGCGACUUCACUACACACGAACUUUCCGGUGCUCAUGAGAUUGCCGACUAUUCCAUGGUUCAAGAGCCAGCUGCGCCACCGAAUGACUUGAAUGACCAUCUAAGGGACAGAUAUGUUCAGCUACUAAUUCAAGCUUUCAAUCUGUCUGCAGUAUCUACUCUCUUCUCAUACUUUGUUCCUCAGAUCCGCGAUAUACCCAUCUUCGGUACAUCCCUUGCAAAAGAUUGGCUGUGGGCGUUGAACCCGUCUCCUGCAUAUCUCGGUCAAGGGGCCAUCAUGGGUCUCGAAACCAGCUUUCACCUGCUUCUCGGUGCCAUUUUUGGGUGGGGAGUAUUGUCACCCUUAGCUCGAAACAAAGGUUGGGCACCGGGUUCUAUUGAUGAUUGGGAGACUGGGAGUAAGGGCUGGAUCAUGUGGAUAUCGCUAGCCGUGAUGCUGGGAGAUUCAUUGACUAAUCUAGGCUGGUUAGUACUGAGACCGCUAGUGAGACACGGUCCCGAGUGGCUGCGAUCAUAUAAGACGCACCUUCGCCAAGGAGGAAGCUGGCACGACCUCAUUCUACCACGAAAAAUGUACCAUCGCUACACGUCUCUAGCACAGCUAGAAUCGAAUUCGCCGACCAGUGAUUUGGAUACCGACGCACUACCACAAGACCUUGUUUCUAACACGACAAUAUCUAUCCUUUUACCUUCUUCAUUAGCAUUUUGUGUGCUAUGUACCCAACUUUCCUUUGGAUCAUACAUUUCACCUGCUCUGAGCACCCUAGCAACACUUCUCUCUCUCAUGGCAACGCUCAUGGGCGUCCGAGCUCUGGGCGAAACCGACCUCAACCCGGCCUCGGGAAUUGCGAAGCUAGUCCAACUAGCUUUCGCACUCGUCACUCGUAAGGAUGACGCGAAUGCGGUCAUCAUCAAUAGCAUCGCCGGCACGAUCGCAGAAUCCGGCGCCGGGCAAGGAGGCGAUAUGAUGCAAGACCUCAAGACCGGUCACCUACUCAGUGCUUCUCCAAAGGCCCAAUUCUAUGGUCAAGUCAUCGGCAGUAUUUUUGGAGUUGUGAUUUCAUCGAUCGUAUACAGACUUUAUGUCGCGGUUUACGAACUUCCAAGCCAACUAUUCCAGAUGCCUAGCGCAUAUUUGUGGAUCUUCACAGCGAGGCUGGUGACGGGCAAAGGUCUUCCGCCAAUGGUUUGGCAGUUUGGAUUAUGGACAGGAUUGAUUUCCAUUAUCACAACGAUCUUACGGAUCUAUCUUGGAAGCCAUAGCUCAGCUAAAGUGAGGAAGUUACAACCAUUCGUGCCUGGAGGCAUUGCCGUUGCGGUUGGAAUGUACACUACCCCUUCAUUCUCUAUUUCCAGAGCAAUUGGAGGAUUUCUAAGCCGGUGGUACAUGCGGCGUUUUAAGACGGGAGAAACUACAGUCAUCGUGGUUUCGUCAGGACUCAUAUUGGGAGAGGGUAUUGUCAGUAUGGUUAAUCUGGGCUUGGCCAGUGCUCGAGUACCGCAUCUUUGA